AUAUAAGGGAGUGUAUAUUGUGGAUUUGAUCCUACAGCUCCUUCAUUGCAUUUGGGGAAUCUGGUUUCGAUCUUGAAUUUAGCAAGACUUGGUUAAUUGGGAUUUAAGCCAAUUGCUAUAAUUGGUGGAGCUACUGUUUAAUUAGGGGAUCCUAGUUUUAAGCAGGAAGAGCGAAAGGAGCCGGAUUUAAUUGUAAUCUAAAAGAAUUUAUAGAAAAUAAGGUAAUAGUUAGAAAGUUUGUAUUCAAAUAUUGCAAAUCAUGCCAAGAUUGAUUCAGGUUUAUAAAUACUUGAUAACAUGGAAUUUUAUAGAGAAACAAAGUUGAUUGAUUUUGUUUCAAAAGUAGGGAGACAAUUUAGAAUGAAUAGUUUAUUAAAUAAAGAUCAUAUAUCUAAGAGACUGAAUGGUGAAGAUGAUGGUUUAUCUUUGACAGAGUUCUUUUAUACCAUUUUAUAAAGUUAUGAUUUUGCGUAUUUGAAUGAGAAAUAUGAUUGUACUUUAUAAAUAGGAGGAAGUGAUUAAUGGGGUAAUAUUACUAAUGGUUGUGAUUUUGUAAAGAAACAAUAUAGGAAGUAGGUUUAUGGGAUUACUACUCCUUUAUUAACAGAUAAAAAUGGAUCGAAAUUUGGGAAAAGUGAGGGUAAUGCAUUAUUUUUGGAUGAAAGUUCAAAAUACAAUAUGAAAUAGUAUUUGUUAAAUUUAGCAGAUGAUUCUAUCGAGGAUUUUCUAUUGAUGUUAACAUUUUUAAAAAAGGAAUAAAUUAAUACUAUAAUGGAGUAGCAUAAUGCAAAUCCAGAAAAGAGAGUGGCUUAAAAGUGUUUAAGUGAUGAAUUGAUGAAAAUGAUAUAUGGAGAUGAAAAUUCUGCAGAUAAGAACUAAGUGCUUUAUCGAUUAAGGAGAGAGUAAUUGAUGAUUAUGAGCAUUGCAGAAUUUGAUAGAUUGGCAUAAGAAGUAGAUAAGGAUGCUGUAAUAAAAUUGUAGAAGUAAACAAAUUUGAUGGAUGCCUUAUUGAAAUUAAGAUCAUCCAAAUCAGAAAUUCGAAGAUUAUUAUAAUCAGGAGCAAUAUUAAUUAAUGAUUAGAGAGUAGAUUAAUUAGAUUAGGCUUAAUUAUUGCAUGACAAGUAUAUGUUGUUAAAAAUUGGCAAAAGGGAUUUGAGAUUAUUAAUAUUCAUUUGA